AUGGUGCCUGACGACCCCAUGUCUGAAGGGAAGUCCAGGGCUUCUUUGGUAAGGGGCAUGCCUGGUCUCACUGUCCCAGGCUGUUCUGGAGGGGAGUGGAGGAGUACCCUGGGGGCAGUGAUAGGAGCUGAGUGCUAUGACAUUUCAGACAGCUGCCAAGAGGAGCAGGAGGCAGAGUCCCCGAAGCCGGACUCCUCCUACGACCACCUAGAGGAGAUGGAAACUUGUGAGGACAGAGGCUGCCCAGGGCCACCAAAGUUGCUGUCCCCCAAGGCUGGCACCACCACCAAGGGCCAGGCGGGCGAUGGACCUGAACUCACUGAAAUGCCUACAGCCCCCGAGACUCCAGGGAGCCCCGAGACCGAGCACAAUGCCGAGAUGGAGCUGGAGAAGGUGCGCAUGGAGUUCGAGCUCACGCGGCUCAAAUACGUACAUGAGGAGAAUGAGCGCCAGAGGCAGCAUGAGGAGGUGAUGGAGCAGCUGCAGCAGCAGGCGACACCCCACCUGUUCUCAGGAGGCCUCCAAGACCUCCUGCUCCCCCAGAACCAGUUUGCCAUGUUCCUGUACUGCUUCAUCUUUAUACACACAAUCUAUGUCACCAAGGAGAUGGUCUUCUUUCUCUUCUCCAAGCACUACCUGUUCUGCAUCGCGGCCAUUUUGCUCUGUUUGAUUAAAACUUUGUGGUCCUACUUCCAAGUGCCUUGCUCUCUCCAUCACUGGGAAUCUCUGCACUAUAGGGUUCUUAGGCCCUGA